AAGCGCAUCAGACUCGUAAGACUUGUCACUUUCUCGUCUUCUCUUGCUCGAACGACUUGGAACUUGAGACGGCGACGAGAGAGGGCUUUUCCGUACGGAGAACUCGUUUUCUAGGGUUUUUGUUGGAGAGAUGGGUCCUCUUGUUGUCGGAGAGACCGAACUUCGCGAAGCACUCCUCCAGGCUGGAAAAGAUCUCCUCAACUCUCCUUCCUCCACCGAUGCGAUCUUCGACCUUCUCAAUAAAGUUGAGUCUCUGCUCCUCUCUGUUGAGCAAGAUCCUAUCGUAGAAGUGAGGAACGCCCUGAAACCGUCGAUGCAGGCUUUGGUGUCUGCUGAUCUCUUGAGAAACCCUGAUUCUGAUGUUAGGGUUUACGUUGUCUCCUGCUUAACCGAUAUCAUGAGGAUUACUGCCCCAGAGGCUCCUUACAACGAUGACCAGAUGAAGGAGGUCUUUGAGGUGACGGUAGAGGCCUUUGGAAAACUUGCGGAUGCUUCCUGUGAGAGCUAUAAGAAAGCUGAGGCCGUGCUUGAUACUAUUGCUAAGGUCAGAUCAUCCUUGGUGAUGUUGGACUUGGAGUGCGAUGACCUUGUUCUAGAGAUGUUUCGGCACUUCUUGAAAAUCACCCGAUUAAGCCCGGACUGUCCUCAAACGGUACUUCUUUCAAUGGAAACGAUAAUGGUCACAGUUAUAGAUGAAAGUGAAGAAGUAUCCAUGGAUUUGCUCGAGAUUCUCUUGGGUCCUCUCAAAAAAGAUAGCCUGGAUGUCUCACCAGUGGCUUCGAGGCUUGUGGAGAAGGUUCUCAUUAGUUGCGCCUGUAAGCUUCGACCGGACAUCAAUGAAGCUUUGAAGUCCACAGGGACUAGCUUGGACAUGUAUUCUCCAGUAGUUUCGUCAAUAUGCCAAAGGGAAGCUGCUACUACUGAAGCUCAGAUCAUUGUUAACCUCAAAGAAACUGAGGGAGAAGGAAAGAUAUCAGAAGAACAAGUAGUUCCAAGUGAUUCAUUGCAGGAAAAACUGGAUUUGGGACUUUCUCCCAAGGGUACUAGGUCCAAGAGAACUGCAAGAGGUGGAACUCGAGUCAAUGGAGACGGUUUGAAACAACUUUUGAAGCAAGGGCAAUCUGAAAGUACAGACGUAGAGACUGAAUCAGGGUCUACUAGGAGGAGGCGGAAACCCAAUUCUCUGCUGAAUCCUGAAGAAGGCUAUUCAUUCAAGACGUCAUCAAGCAUAAAGAAGGUGCAUGAAAAAGAACUUGGGGCUGCCAAGAAAGCACCUUUGCCAAGUAAAGUUGGUCAAACGAAGCAGUCAGUUGUUAUUUCUCUCUCACCCUCGAGUAAGGCUAGGAAGGGGUCACGGAAACGGAGCAGGAGUAAGAUGGAAGAGACAGAACUUGAUGCAGGUUCUGUAGCCACACCAGCAUCAAAGAAACAGAUUGUGAAGAAAGAUGAUGCUGAAGAAGAAACAGAUCUUAUGGAAACUGACCUUGAAAAGCCUGAAGAUAGCGCUAAGUCAAGUAAAAAGGAGAGAGAAGAGAAGGGUUCAACGAAAUCAACUGCAAAGAAGCCACUAACAGAAUCUAAAAAGGAGAAAGCACAGAAGGGUUCAGCGAAAACAGCUGUAAAGAAGCCACUUGCAGAAUCUAAAAAGGAGAAAUCACAGAAUGGUUUAGCGAAAACAUCUGCAAAGAAGCCACUUGAAAAAUCAGUCCCCUCAGAUGCUAAGAAAAAGAAUUCAGAAGGUGAAAGCAUGGAGUCAUCAAAGAGCAAGAAGAAGAAUUCUCGUGGAAUGACGCCUCCGACCAAAGAAUCUGAACAAACUCUCAAGAGCCAUCCCAAGAGGAAACGGACAGCUAGAGAGGAAGUGGAGUCCAAUAAGAGUGAGCAUGGUGAGGAGUUGGUUGGUAAGAGAGUUAACAUCUGGUGGCCACUUGACAAGAAGUUUUAUGAUGGCGUCAUAAAGUUCUAUAGUAGUCUUAACAAGACGCAUCAGGUGCUUUAUUCGGAUGGGGAGUCUGAAGAGCUUAAUCUUAAAAAAGAACGUUGGGAGAUAAUCAGUGAGGAAAAGGAGGAGACUGAUCUACCUGAUUCUACUCCUUUAUCUGACAUAAUGCGAAGGAAUAAAGCGAAGAAGAGGAAAACUGAGUCUAUGCAUGUGGAGCUGAAAAGUUCUUCAGAAGUCAGAUCCUCGAAGAAGAAAGACCUUGUAACAAGCUCCAAUAAGCAAGGGAAAGCAACCAAAGAUGCGGUGAAGGGUGGAAGCAAUGAACCAGAAAGGAGGGAAGAGAUAAAUAUACAGUUCCCAAAAGAUUGUGAUGAGAAGGAAGAAUCUGAAACUAAGGGUGAUAACGGUUUGAAAAUAGGGGAAAAAUCAAAUGCAGAGCCUGAAUGUAAAAGAGAUCACCAAGAACCGCCUGAGGAAUCUAAUGCAGAAGCCAAGUCGGAUGGGGAAGAGCUUAAGUUUGCAAACAAGUUAACUGCAGAAACUGGAAAUGAUGGUGAAGAGCAGGAGGUAGAAAAAGAGGCAACCGCAGAACUUCAAACUGAUGGAGAAGAGCGAGAGUCGGUGAAAGUGCCAAAUGAAGCCAAGUCUGAUGGAGAAGAUCUAAAGACUGCAAACAAGUCAACUGCAGAAUCUGAUAUUGAAGGAGAAGAGCAGGAGGUAGAAAAAGAGGCAACUGCAGAACCUCUAACUGAUGGAGGAGAGCGAGAGUCAGUGCUAGAGCAAAAUGAAGAACCGGAAACUGAGGUACAAGUGCGAGAUUCAGCAAAAGAGCCAGCUGCAGACACAAAUUUGAUUAAGGAGGAUCGUUCUGAGGAGAAGGAGACUGGUAAAGUCGAAAAUGAAGCUGAAGAAGAGGUACAGAAAAUAGUUGAGGAACUGGAAGAAGACACUGAUAAAGCAGAAGGCGGGACUAUUCCUGUUUCAGGUUGAUAGAUGAACAAAAGCAUUUGGUUAAUUCAGAGAACGAUGUCGUUAUUGUGGUGUACCUAUUAACUUUCUUGUUUACUGAAGCUGCUUGUUUAGAGACGUAGUGUUAUUGUUAGUAAAGACUUCUGGACAUAUAUGUCUUAUCAAGGAACUAGUUU